UACUCACAUCUUGACAGUCACUCCUAUGCGCCCAUCAUCGACUGCCGCCGCUCUAUGCACACUGUUGCGACGUACCGGGCUACACACCCCGGCAAGUGAGCGGGUCUACCAUCGUGAGGUGCGGUUGGACGGACAGCCGAUCGAUGGGUCGUCCCCAUAACCAACUAUAACAACGGGAGGCGUUCACCGCAGUAUUCCCGUGCGCCAUAGACGCCCGCUGGCCCAAGUCGAUGGUGUAGUGUGCCUUUAGCGGUGAUGGCUUGUCGCACGUAGGCCGCUGUGCACAACUUGAAAAACGAACGUGCGUGAACAACAAUUCGAAUAGAGUCCCAACGGUGUGCCAAAUUUUUAAAUUCGACGUGUUUAUGUAACUUCAGUCGCGUCCAGCAAACGACAACAUUCAAACAAUGCUCGACAUACUCCAUCGACACGUCGUUAGAGACAUGGAUGGAUUUCCCAGACUGUCCAAUUUGGAAAAUGUUUGCGAUGGUCCAGCUUGUUGUGAAGGAUGCGGCCUAAAGAUUAUUGACAGAUUUCUCAUGCGAGUAGGUUCCAGCAGUUGGCACGAACAGUGUGUCACAUGCUCUGCGUGCGGCAUCCCGUUAUCCACGUCAUGUUACUAUCGUCACAACGGAUUGUACUGCAAAAACGAUUACGAAAGGUUAUUUGGCGUCAAAUGCGGCAGGUGUGGCGAUUCACUGAGUCCUAGAGAGUUAGUAAUGCGAGCUGGGCCUAAUCAUGUUUAUCAUGUGGGCUGUUUUGCAUGCGUAGCUUGUAUGCAACCGCUUCAAAAAGGACAACAGUACGUGGUCAGGGCUGGUGGCGGUCAGCUCUUUUGCAGAACGGACUACGAAAAAGAAAUUUUCCUUAUGCAACAGUCAGUGGCUAGUCCUCAGACAAUCGUGGACGAAAAUCUGUCGGUAGAUGAAAACUGUAGACCCAGAGACGGCCGUCGUGGUCCAAAAAGACCCAGAACUAUAUUAACCUCGGUGCAACGACGACAGUUCAAGGCGUCAUUCGAAGUUAGUCCAAAACCGUGUAGAAAAGUGCGUGAAGCUCUUGCCAAGGACACGGGUCUUAGCGUAAGAGUGGUCCAGGUGUGGUUCCAAAAUCAGAGGGCGAAAAUUAAAAAAAUUCAAAGGAAAAGCAAACAGGACGACAAAAACUCUGGGAACAACAACAAUAACAAUACUAACAGUGCGGACAAAAAUGACACAGAACAUGCAACCAACACUGCGUCUAGUGUCUGUUCAGGAGAUCACUAUUUAAGUCUGAGCACUCUGAGCAUGCACGAUAGCAGCGACUCAAACUAUCAGAACAGUCAACCGCUCAACCCCAACAAUCCGUACUCGCCCGAAGGUACGUUUGCCGGUGACCAUUCCGAAGACAGUUUCUGCAGUUCCGAUGUGUCGCUCGACGGUAGCACCACAGCGGCCGAUGAUAUCGGUUCGGACACAAUGUCGCUGGAUCUAUCGGUCGUGCAUGGUACCCACCAUGGCUUGCAACACCAUCACGCUGGUUCUGCAUCCGUCAUGCAGGGGCAACAGGCCAAUCCCAUUGAUAAAUUGUACCUGAUGCAAAAUUCAUACUUUAGUAGCAAUGAACACUAAUGUAUCAAAUUUGCGCAACUUCUUUCAAGUUGUUUUCGGCUCAUCCCAUUUUUGUUCUUCUUUGACCCUGUCUUCUAUGUAUAAUUGUUUUUUUUUUUUUUUUACUUGUAAAGUUUAAGAACUCGGCAGUUUUGUAUAGAAUUAUUUUAAUUCAGUGAUAUUGUGUAAUAACCGUCAAAAUUCAUUAAAAGCCUCAAUUCAAUGAGAUUAAAUUUAUGUUUGUAAAUAACAUGUACGUAAAAAGUUAGAAAAAUACAAAAAUCAUUAAAUUAUGAAUUUUAAAAUUAAUUAAAAUAAUUGCUUGAGUCGAGAAUUUAUUAGUGUUAUAUGU